AUGGCAACAAUAGAGAAACUAAUUAAGGCCUUUGAAGCCUUAAAGGUGUUCCAGCCUGGAGGAGGUACUUCAGAUGACUCAAAGAAAAGGGAACAGUCUGUCAGCAAGAAGGACAAGAUAAUGAACUGCAACAUAGUGGCUGACUGCAUAUGUGCACCUAACAUGAGAGCUAUCAUUGAUUUCCCCAAAUUUCUUGGUAUUGCGAUGGAAACAUUCCUGAACCUCUGUGAUGAUGCUGAGUCUGAUGUGAGAAUGGUUGCAGAUGAGUGUAUCAACAGAUCCAUCAAGGUACUUCUGGAGACCAACUUGGGACGACUUCAAGUAGAGCUGUAUAAGGAGAUAAAGAAAAAUGGAUCAUCUCGCACUCUGCGUGCAGCUCUUUGGAGGUUCGCUGAGAUGGCUCCUCUCAUUAGACCACAAAAGUGCAGACCUUAUAUGGUGAAUAUGCUUCCCUGUCUGGCGAGGAUAUGUAAGAGGGAAGAGGAGGCAGUACAGGAAACUCUUCUUAGCUCUAUGGUGAAGAUUUGUCCUGCUCUCAUGGUUUUUGCCAAUGAAUCUGAGAUAAAGGCAUUACUGAAGUCUUUCCUUCCUAACCUGAAGUCGCCUUCAGCUUCGUGUCGGAGGACAGCUGCUACCAGUCUGGUUUUGAUCUGUCAGUAUUCAAGGAGCCCAACAUCCUUCUACAACUAUCUGCUGAAUGUCUUAUUAGACAUGGUCUUACCAGUGGAUGGAGAUCAGAAUCUACACACCCUGAUGGGUGUGGUUCUGUGUAUGAGGUCUCUGGUCCCCCAUUUAGGGGAGGCAAGUCUGGUUGAACAGGGAUUAAAGGGCAGCUUUGGUGUGAUGACAAAGGAAAAGAUAGAAUCUGUCAGCAAAGAACAGCUAAUAAAGGUGAUCCAGAUGCUGUUGCACCUGAUGACCCACCGAGACCACAAUGUUGUGACAGCUGCCCUGGAGGCCUUCAUACAGCUGUUGCGUAACCCCAACCCCUUAUUAGUGUCCAUAUUGACUGUGCCAGGUACCAUUACUCGGACCCUUGUGUACCUUGCUGACCAAGCCUCCUCUCCCUCCAAUGACUCUCUACAAGAAGUGCCAUCCUUUAGUAAACUGGCAGAGGAGUCUGCUGGGCUUGAGGAUGAUGCUGACAUCCCUGAUCCUGUGUCAGACCCUGCAGGGGAUGCCUCAUCAGCUGAGGGAUCUGCUUAUGUCUAUAAUACAUUUGUAGCUCGUGGGGAGUCUGGAGCAGGAUCUGAAGAUACAAGUCCGGUGGAUACACAAGUUAUUGUCACAACAACAGACUCUGAAUAUUCUGGUAUUGAAAUUGGUGAUCUCAAUGAGGAAAAGUCGGAGAAGUCAAACAUGACACAAGUCUGCAGUAGUAGCCAGGAGACUUUACUCAGUAUACAGAGCAUCAGUCCAACUCGCAAACCUUCUCUCCAAAAGGGCGUCAGCCAGGACUUAAAUGGCAACCCUGAGAUAGAAGAUACGUUUGAAGGCGAUCGCAGCCUUCUGCCGUCCCCAGGGGAAGACGUCAGUGUCAGUAUUGGCUCCUUGAUAGACAGACAGCCUGCUAUUGUGUACUGUAUACGAUUUAUAGCCUCUCGGUUUCUGUUAUCUGGGUGCAAGCGUGUGUUGAAACCUGACAAAGCUGUACGUGUAAGUGUCAAGUCUCUGGCUCUCACCUGUGUCAGCUCUGCCGUGGCCAUGUACCCCCAAGUGUUUCUUCUCAACCUGUUUACAGACGUCUCACAAGAUUUAGACCAGGAAAUUCAGGAUGUCUUAUUGUUUGCUAAUCACCAUGACCCGCAGUUGAAGGGUAAUACAACACAGAUAGCUGCUAACCUCAUCAUGUCUGCUCUGAAGGAAAGCCGAGGUAACUUCACAAAGUGGCUGUCUGACUUCCCUGGAAAAGUGGUGGACUUGAGUAUCCAGUCCCUGGUGGACAUAAUACUGGACAUUGUGAAAGACAGCUCAUCGGUGGCAAUUAGACUAGCAAUCAUUUCCCUACAGACCUGUAUCAAUCCACUAUUACAGAGCAUUCAUAGUGAACUGGCCCUUCUAGUCCUACUCAGGCUGAUGGAAGUCAAGGACAAUCCCUAUUGGCUAGUCAAGACAGAGUUACUGGACCUGCUAAGUGGCAUCAACUUUAAGAUUCUAGUACACCUGGAGUCUUGUUGUACCCUGGCCCAGAGGGGACAGCAUCACUUUCUAGGGAAACUGAACCUCCAACACCGAGUAAUACAUAAUGUGAUUAUACCACUACUGGGAAAUGAGGACCACCGUGUUCGUCACAGUGCUGCACAGACUCUUGUCAAGUUGAUUCCCCACUUGUUUUUUGCGGCGGACCAUUGCCAACAGGAUCCUGUGAUUGCCAUAGCUAAAGACCAUACUGGGCGUCUGCUGACCCCUGAUCCUCUGUCAGACUCUCCCCCUCUGGUCCAGGGCUUGGUCAAACCUUUCCACUUUGGGGCGGAACAUGUGUCCAAUGUCCACAUAGAGAGUAAUCUGUCCAGGGUCAUAAUGGCACUACUCCAUGAACUCAACCUGUCCAAUGUUAAACACAACACAUAUGGAUGUUGCCAUGCACUGUGCCUGUUGUCGGAUUGCUUUCCUGCUACCCAGUAUGCCCAUUCCUGGGGCUGUGGACCUCCCACACCACUUGUCCCACGGGACAGUACCAAUAGAAUGGUUAUGAGGCGCCCUCCGAGUCGCUCCCUCAGUGGAUCAAGUACCUUUAGCUUGGAUGAGAUGUCAGGAGGGUCGGGUGGAGGACCACUGACCAUCAUGCUCUCCUUGUUGACCUCCUCGUUGGUCAGUCUUGACCUGACUGCUCACCAUGAUACUCUAAAAUUGGCUGGCAAUUUAGUCUCAGGGGCUGCCUACAAAUGUCUGCGAAGUGUAGACAAUUAUAAUUUGGCUGACAGCUCUGAGGACACAAAGUGGCAAGGCAUAUCAGACCGUGUCCUGUAUCCCCUGAUAGAGCAGUUCCUCACACAUAUAGCCAGAUUACUGAAUGCCUGUUGCCAUGUGAUUGAUGAACAGUUGCCUGGUCCCCCACAGAUCAAACCAUCCCUGCCCUCUCUUCCCACUGCCCCUUCCCUCAGUCCUAUCAAGCGUAAGGCUAAGGGAGAGAAGGAUGGCAGUAGUGCACCUGGUACCCCAGGAUCAUCUGAAAAGUCUACACCCAAACAACAGAAAGAUAAAGACAAAGAACCUGAGAGGGAGCGAAACAAGAAGGACGGACUUGGUACAUUUUACAGUCUGCCACAGUACAUGAAGCUGUAUGAAGUCCUCAGGGGAGCGUACUCUACCUAUAAAAUUUCCUUGGACCUAGGGACUACUGACAAGUUCUGUGUCCUACUGAAGUGUACACUUGAGUGUCUGGCCCAAGUGCUAGAGAUUGCAAGUUUGCAAGACAUUGGGAAGUAUGCAGAAGAGCUGCUCGGCUAUCUCAGGACAACUGUAUCACUGGAGCCCACAUGUACCAUACUCUGUGUACAGCAGCUUUUGAAAGCAUUGUUUGGUACAAAUCUAGUAAGUCAGUGGGAGCCGCAGCAGGCUAUCAAUGUGUCACACAAACCUGGCAAGGCCACACGACUGACCUCCAACACCAGACCAGGGCUCUACAGUCACUGUUUCACACAGCCUUACUCUCACUUCACACAAUCCCUCGCUGCUGCCACCUUCAAAGCCACUGCCCAGACUGAGCAGGAGGAGACAACCAGUAUUUUAAAUUGGUUGAAGAAAUGUGUAGAAAGAAAGCUUCCAGCAAUUCUGAAACCUGGAAGUAAAACAGAUAAGGCUGCUAUUGCUGCAUACAUACGCCUGUUUGAGCCUCUAGUAAUCAAGGCCCUAAAGCAAUAUACCGUGACAAGCUGCCUAGAACUUCAGCGACAGGUCCUUGAUCUCCUGUCUCAACUUAUACAGCUCCGUGUCAACUACUGCCUCCUCGACUCAGAUCAGGUCUUCAUCGGAUUCAUUAUCAAACAGAUAGAUUUCAUAGAGGAGGGCCAGAUCAGAAACUCGGACAGUCUGAUUCCUAACUUGUUUAACUUCCUGGUGAUGCUGUCAUAUGAAAAAUACCAUAGUAAAUCUAUAAUUGGAAUGCCCAAGAUUAUUCAACUGUGUGAUGGCAUCAUGGCUAGCGGCCUUCACCCUACAACUCACGCUAUCCCUGCUCUGAAGCCUAUUGUAUAUGAUUUGUUCUUGCUACGAGCUGCCAAUAAAUCUGACAUCAGUCGUGAAUUGGAGACACAGAGGGAGGUAGUCGUGUCCAUGUUACUUCGCCUCAUUCAGUAUCAUGAGACUCUAGACCUGUUAGUAAUAGUCCUACAACAAUGCCACAAGGAAAGUGAGGAACGUUGGAAGAAGUUGUCAAGACAGGUGACAGACACCAUCCUGCCAUCGCUAGCCAGACAACAGGUAACAAUUGACAGCAUGGCUGCACUGGAGACUCUUCACCGUCUGUUCGAGUCACUAGCCCCUAUCGUGUUCAGACCAGUAGAUAUCCUACUGAAGACCCUCCUCCAAGAACCCAUGGAUGUGGCUUGUGUAGAGAACCUCCAGCGCUGGGUGUCCCUCGUCCUCUCCGUCCUGCGUGUCCUAAUGGCACAGUCUAAAGAGGAAGUGAUCUUGUCACGCAUGCAAGAACUAGGACUUGGUUUGAAUGUAUUUAAGGUACCCAGUCGGGAGAUGACAACUGAGGAGAGAGAUCUGGCCCUCACUCUUUCACCAGAGGAAGUGUUAGCUUGGUUCCUGAUACAGGUGAUUGGUAACUGUGCCAGCUACAUCAGUCAGAAAUGUGAGCUGACCGGUCUGUCUUCCUCGUCCACGUUUCUUACCCAGCAACUGUCUCAGCUUCUCCUCUAUGUAACACACAUGUUCCAGUCUGGUCUGUUUAGGAAGGUUGCUACAUCAGCAAUGAAGGCCUCCCACCUAGACACCCCACACUGUUAUCAUAGUAUCCAGGAACUCAAUCACAUGUUUCUGUCAGUCUCCAUGACACUUCCCACCCUCACUCUACAGUGGUGUAAUAUUUUAAUUCUCCUCAACUUUGAUGAUCAGACACUGUGGAGUACAGUGAUGCAGACCCCUAAGCGCUUCCUUAAACCUGGCAAAAGUCAUUCAGCAGACCUUGAGGUACAGGUGUCUCCCAUGACACACUGUUGUAACCUGGAGAUCCUGCGACGUGGAGGCCUAGUUCUCUUCUGUGACUAUGUGUGUGAAAAUCUAACUGAAGCGGAACAUAUGACAUGGUUGGUAAUCAACCAUGUUAGUGACAUCAUAGCCCUUUCUCAAGAGUCACCUGUCCAGGACUUUGUCAGUGCCAUACACAGGAAUUCCUCUGCCAGUAGUCUCUUUAUACAGGCAAUACAUGCGAGGUGUGAAAAUGUCUCAAAGCCGUCACUGGUAAGGAAGACGAUGAAAUGCCUUGAGGCGAUCCACUUGUCCCAAACGGGCUCCCUUCUUACCUUGCUCAUAGACAAGUUCCUCAACACACAUCACCUGGCUGUGGCACGUAUCUGUGACAGUAUCGCAUGUAAGAGGGUCGAGAUGUUAUUGGCUGACAGUGUACAGGAUGCCUUCAAACAGUUGCCUCUAGAGGAUCUCACCAAGCUUCUUAAAUACAUGGAAAGCAACAAACUAACCAAACGUCAUGCACGCCUGGUGUCCCUGCUACAGAAGCUGAGGAUGGAGAUACACCCGGAGGAAACAGCUGAUAUUGUGGGAGAAAGGCCACACCCUUUGUCUCUCCCGAAGUCCCUGUCUGAUAUAAACAUCAACAAGGAGUGCUAUGUGUCUAUAGUGAAGAACCAGUGUUUUAGUGCUGACUGUAAUCCCAGUGAAUGUGCCAAACUACUGCAUAACCUUACGUAUGCUGAUAUUCUCUCCAUCACUAUGACCAAGGAAUUUAACCUAUGCAUCCUUCCAGAGUGUAUAUUACUGGGAGCUCACGAUACACUCAUCAAAAACAACGACUCUACUGAUAUCCUAGACAGUGAAGGCAACAAGAUUCCACAAGAACCAAUGUUUGACCCACUGCUACAGGCUGCCCAGCUGACACUUAUACGUCAUGUUAACAAUAUAAUCAACAUGCUCCCUACGCCCCACCAAGUGAUUAAAUAUGGUACAGACUCAAAGACUGCCAAACGCACACGCUACCUAGAAAAAAUGGAUGACUUUUUUUCGGACACGUCGUGGUCAGAUAUGGUGUUUAUGUUAGUUUCAUCUUUGAACAUUUACAUUCAAACUUUGUCUACAUUUCCAUGGCAGCCGGAGGUGCCUGUUGAAUCUCACUGUGAUAUUGGUCAGUUCUGUGUUUUAUGUGCAGAGAUGAUAGACUGGAUGUUCCAUCAUGAUUUGCUGCCAACAUCCAAGCGUCUCAACAGCUGUCUGCAGUGUAUGUCUCUGAUACUCCAGCAUCCCCAACUGUCUGUAGUGAUAGGACAGAAACAGCACACCUCAUGGGUUUGUGCACUUACUGGAACAGCCUACCAAACUGUUUACUCUUUAAUGGUGGUACCAGGAGAAAAGCUGGUGUCAACAGUGACACAAAACUCAGGGGAUCAUUCCAAGGAAACACUGAAUGAUUUGAUCAUUAAAGCAUGUGACCAGGUAUCAGAACUGGUGGAAUUUUCUCAACAUCAUUUGUCAGGCAGGUCCCAGGUGAUACCAAGCUUUUUACAACAUAAUCUCAGGAAUAUUAUCACAGGUUUAGGAAGACAACCAGUACUCAACAGUUACGCCAGAACCCCGUCCAUUGUCUGGAAGAUGGGCUGGAUACCAUCACCAAAUGGAGAACCUAAGACCAAGUUACCUCCCCUGCCUGUUGAUUUCCUGGAAGACAAGGAUGUAUUGAGGGAAUAUGUUUUCAGGAUUAACUCUCUUGGUUGGAUUAACAGACAACAGUUUGAGGAAACAUGGAUGAGUUUGUUGUCUGUUGUUAAUCCUGUAACAAUGCCAUCAAAUGGUGAGGAAAUGGUGGUCUCCCCUGAGGAAGAGAUGGAACGUGCCCAGUGUACAGUUAUGGCAGUAAGAGCAAUCACAUCCCUCCUUAUACAAUCCACUCUGAUCCCAGUACCAGGCAACACCAGUUACAGCUCAUACGAGAUCCGACCCAGAGACAAACCUCUAGGAUUUCUCCAUACAAGAUGUGGGAAGAAGCUUACUGUGAUACGAGGUGUGAUAGAACAGGAAGUCCACAAUCUUCACUGUCGUAGAAUGGUCAGGUCAGGUUGUACUGGUGACGAGAAGGAUGUACUACGAUAUAUGUUUGACAGUAAUUUGGAGAGGGAGAUCAUGGCCGAUGAUUAUACCCUUGGACAGAUUGCAAUAGAAGCUAUCUGGUCGAUUGUGGGAGCCCUGGAUUUCCACAUUGCUGAAUCAGACACAACUGAUUCUAUGGAAAGCCCAACUACAGAUUCCCCUGACACACCCGGCCGGUCACGUCAACAGUUCCCACUCCUGUCAUUUGAGAGAGAGCGACGAGAGCGGUCAGUUAACUUUAGUGGACUGGAUAUCCACUCUUGUCUCCAGUUCCUGUUAGAGCUGUAUGGUCAAUGGAUGCUGACAACUCCCAGACCACCACUUAUGCUCAAGAAUGAAGUUGUCAAGUCUAUUGUGUGCUUAUCAGACUUGUUCAUGGAGAGGGAACAGUAUGACUGGAUGCAGGAGGUGUUAUUGGACCUGUAUAAAACCCAUCCACAGGAAGAUGAAAUUCUAAUGCAAUAUUUAAAUGUUGGGAUCUGUAAGGCUGCAGCAGUGGUUGGCAUGGACAAUGCCACAACAGAGAAGUUGAUGAAGAUCAUUGAUGCUGGCUUCAGAAGUCCACAUUUACCAAGCAGAAUUGGAGCUCUGCACGGAACUCUUUAUCUUUUGGAGGCAGGAAUACAGGAUGUUACUAAGUUACUUGUUCCCUUAGCAACAGAUUUCCUGCUCAGAAAUUUAUCAGCAGUCAGUCAGACCUGUAUCACCAGUCAGAACUACAUGCUAACUAUGUGGUCAACAGCAUUCUAUAUCAUGGAGAAUUAUCAUAUAGACCUUAAAGACCUUGAGUUUCCAAGCAAGGUCCUUCAGCUGGCAGUGAUUACAGCAUCAGGUAGUGAGGAUAGUGUGUCAACAGCAGUGUAUCUGGCCAUCCUUAAAGGCCUAGAGCGCCUCCUACUCACAGAUGUUCUCUCAAAACAGGAUGCUGAGGCCAUUAUCAAACUCGGGGUUGACAGAUUGUGCUUGCCUAGUCCACAGAGGUCAUUGGCAGCUCUUGGUCUGAUGUUUACUUGUAUGUACUCAGGUAAACAAUAUGACCAGUACAGCCCAUCCCCACGUGAUGCAGAGCCCGGUACUACAGCUUACGACUUUGAAGUGGUGUACCAAGACCCUGAGUCACUCAUUCUUGCCAUGGAGCGAGUCACUGUUCUCUUUGACAGGAUUAAAAAAGGCUACCCUUAUGAGGCACGUGUGAUAUCACGAGUACUGCCAACAUUCCUGGCUGACUUUUUUCCACCUCAGGAUGUGAUGAACAAGGUCAUUGGGGAGUUCAUUUCCUCACAGCAGCCAUACCCACAGGUUGUUGCUAAGGUUGUGUUCCAGGUGUUUGCCAAUCUCCACCAACAGAAGCAGCAAGCAUUAGUAAGGGACUGGGUGAUGCUAUCUCUAUCCAACUUUACACAGCGCACACCUAUUGCCAUGGCAAUGUGGAGUCUCACUUGUUUCUUUAUCAGUGCCUCAGUCAAUCCCUGGCUGCGAGCCCUCUUUAAUCAUGUAAUAGGAAGGAUGGGUCGAAUGGAUAUUGUUGACCGUCGUCUGUUCUGCAUCACGGCCAUGGACUUCUACAACCAGCUGGUAGAUGAGAGUCAGCGCCGGGCAUUUACAUCAACAUUUAUGGCAGUGUCCCAGCCAGGCAUUGUGUACCAGGAACUGCUUCAACAUAUCAACAGUCUGCCCAAGUCUUAGAAUUAACCUUUAUCUAGUACAUUUUAAAAUACUGCGACAUAUCUAGAGUCCAGAGUCUUGGGAAGUGAGAGAUGAUGGUAGUGAUAUCUAUGCCCUGGUGUUCUACAUCUGGGGAAGCGAGAGGUGACAAAGUGGUAUCUAUGUCCUUAUGCAGAGAGGUCAUAGUCACCAUGACACACUGCCAAUGAGUCUAGCCAUGAUGCUUCAAAAAAGAAUGGAUGAAAUUUGCUUCCUCAUGUGAUUACUUGGUAAACGAUAAACCCAUUGCUGCUUUAAGGCUUAAGGCUUGAAGCACCAAGUUUAUUGUUGAAGGAAUGUAGAACAGAAUAGUUUCACUACCAAAUGUUUUAGUACAAAGCCUGUAUAUCCUGCCUAUAAGAAAUCGUGCCAACAGGAAUGUGUGAUUUACCUGGAAAUCUCUGUAAUGGAGCACUUAGAUAUUAUAAGUGUAAAAAGAAAUUGUUGACAUGUAUAAGCUUGCUUUGUGAAAAAUUCUUAUUAUAUGGUGGUGAAGGAAUGCCCUAUAACCUCUGGAUUAUGGAAUAUAUUCAGCCAUCAUAAGAUUGCAUAAAGUGUAGUUAUAUAUCUUUAUAUAUAAGUGAUAAAACUAUUACCUUUGUGUUCUUUAUUGUUCAGACACCCAAUCAGCACAGCUUAUUCUUAUGUGUGACCUCCUUAUCUUCCAAUCAGAAAAGCUUCUGUCUUAAAGAUAUUUAUAUAUAUAUAUGAUGUGAUGUAUUUCUAUAAUUGAUAGUAAUGUGGAUGGUAUGUCUGUGGAAGGAAUAGAGGAUCGGGCUGCUGUAAUAUGUGAAUCACCACAACAGUUCCUCAGCAAGGUCAAAUGUAGGAUGGGUUGUAUGUGCAGUAAUAAUAGGAAGGUAAGACGGUAGGAAAACAAAAGGGAAAUCUUCACAUUCCUCUGUAGGAAACAAGAUAUGACUUAUUCUCCAUUCCCAAUUAUGAAAAAUACGGGACUGUAUUUAAAUACUGUUUAAAACAUUCCUUCAGGCUGUUUUAUCUUUAUAAGAGAUUUAAUCUGAAGUGAUUGAAAUAGUUGGAUGGAAGGUUGAAUAAUCACAGGUGGUAAUACAAGAAAAAAAGUGCUAUUGUUUUGUAUAUUUCCUUGUAUAUUUAUAUAUGUAUAUAUGUCUCAAAGCUGUAUCAUGUGAAAAUCUUAACAUUACUGCUAAUUUUCAGUAUUCAGGCUUUUAGAAAUACAACUGUUAUAGCCAAAUGUCAUUAUAGAUUGAAUGAAAGGAGUAUGGUGAUAAAGGUAAAAUUGACCUAGAAGGUUGAUGUUGAAUUUGAUUAAAAGUGUAUUAAUUAGCUAGAAAUAAACUUGAUUUAGGAGAGCUAUUGUUAAACUAUUAGUGUGAUAAACUCUACUAAAAGAUUCUAGUCUAGGUGAACCUGAACUUUAUAAGCAAUACAUUACAGACAAUGACUGCAAUAUGUCUUUUAAGUGUCAUUACUCUUCAUACCAAAUAUCAUAGCUGAUGAGGCUAAUGCCAAGUAUUUAAUUAGCAGUAAUAGUAUAACUAGUGGUACAUCUGUAUAAACAUUCAGAAUACAUAAUAUCUGUAUGUGUAUAGAUAAUGUAACAAGUGGGAUGGAUGUUAGUAGUAAAGGAUGAAUGUGUAAGGCAGAUUAUUGUUGAAUAUUUAUGUUGUAACCAGUGUGUUUACAGGUUUGGUCCCUAUAUGUGAUUUAUAUUGAUAUCAAUGCAAACUUACCCGAAGCUGUUCACACUAUGAAAUGGUUGUACACAGGAAACAAAAAAAAAUUAGUGGUAACUUUAUCAUGAUAUGACAGUUAGAAUGAUCUCGUGUUGUAUUGUAUGUUUGUUUGUGAAUUUGUUUGUUUGUUAUUUGACAUUCCAUAUUGAGACUUUAGUGUUCAUAAGCCUGCAAAAAACAAAUUGGUGAAAUUAAACUUCUCAAGGUUAUGUCAGUGUGAUUUAAACUUCUGAAGGCCAUGUCAGUGUGAUUUAAAUUUAUCUAGGUCAUGUCAUUGUGAUUUAAACUUUUCAAGGUCAUGUCAGUGUGAAUUAAACUUCUCAAGGUCAUGUCGUUGUAAUUACAACUUCAAGGUUAUGUCAAUGUUAUUUGGCCAUUUCACCUCUCAAGGUCAUGUCAGCGAGAUCAAUACUCUCAAGGUCAUAUCCUUGUAAUAACACAGUGUUAUUUCACCAUUUCAGAUUUCAAAGUCAUGUCAGUAUAAUUGCUCUUCUCAAGGUCACACCAGUACGAUCAGGUCACAUAUAUAAAUCUAAGCUGUAAAGGUCAAAUUUGUACAGAUGUGUUGAGAUGUAAUUUUCUGGUUUGGUUACAUGCCAAGUGAAAUAUUAGUGUAAACUCUGUGGUUUCUAUGAAUGUUAUUGAUAUAUUGUAAUGCUUUUUACUAGUAGUAUUUAUACAGUGAUGUAGUCUGCAGACCUGUCGCUAGUAUGUAGUGGUGACCUGUCACAGUAUGGUAAUGAUAGGUUUGUAUUUCUGCCACCCAUACAUGCCUGACUGUCUACUUUGGAGAAGUUGUGUUUCUUUUCUUUUGAAGUUCCUAGGGCUUACAUUUACCCUAUACAUUUUUUUACCUCAUAAUUAUAUAAAAACAAUAGCUUAGUUACAAAAUUACCUGUGAUGUGCUCAGUGUUCACAUUCACUGAGUUGGUGUGCUGCAUAAGUAGUGAUGAUACAAUCAAUUUACUGGAAUUGAAAAUCAUCUUUGUUAUAUCAGGGUUAUAACUAUAUCAAGAAUAAAUUAAUGACCAUGCAAUGUGUUCUGUAUUUCAGUAUAGGUAGGAAUUAAAUUGUUUAGAGUUAUGAAUUUGUAGUAUGGUGAUGAAAUACACUGAAUGAUGAUGUUACUGUCAUAUAAGUAAUUGCUGAAGCCAUCUGUUGCUAAAAUUACACUGUAAACUUGGCUAUCAUUUGUUAUUUUCUACUCAAACUUCAUUUACUAGUUCUCUAUUAACUGCCUUAAUAUGAAAAUUGAUGAAAGGUGAGAAGUACAUAUGUACAUGUGCACAGAAUUUCAUGAAAAAAAAAACUACAGAUAAACAGCUUUAUUAAUGAGAGGUUUAUUCAUUGCUGUAUCGCUAACCUCUUAUCAAACAAUAUCUGGUCAUGGCCUUCAAAAUCAUGGGCGACAGGGUGUUUUAAAGAUUCAUUAGGUAAAAAGAUAUCCUAAUCUAUUGUAUAGGUAUCAUUUAUGUUGGCAUUGAAAUUAUGUUAUAUUUAAACAUUUUUUUGACUUUAUUAGAUAAAAAAAUUGAAUAAAAACUUUUCAAUAUUGAUCAAAGCUGAAGAAAUAUCAGACCAUUCCUUUUUUCUCGUGAUUUGAACAGAUCAGUGUGUGGUCAGUGUCAGGUUCACAUUUAUGAAAUCAGGUGAGUUGGGAUACUGAGUUUGCAAAUGUAUAGAAGACUUAUCAGCCCCAGGGUUUAUGAGGAUAUUGGGAUAGACUGGUCUAAGCUAGUUUGUGGAAUGUGAUAUCAUUUGGAACACCUUGGCUGAUUCCUGCAGUCAUCUUACCUUUGAUGGAAGUGACUGGAAAGGGAGGGAGGUGUUCCAAAAUGGGGUGAUAUAAAAGAGUUGUGAGAGGUUUAUCAACCUUUGUCUGUGAGGCAAUUCUUGGCAAUAAGUCCUGGAGAUAAAAACCUGUAAGUUAGGAGUAGCAAGUAGGUUAGUCCAGAUUAGACUAGGUUGAUUGGAGAAGUCCAAGGGUCCAGGACGGGUUAACUGUAAGAAGUAUGUGACUAACACUCACUCAGAUAACAGUACCUGUAGUUUUCCAUCUCAUUGAUUUAUCCUGUCUGAAGACAUUGCCUCACUGACAAACAUCAGUGUUUAGGUGACAUGUUUUGUAGGUAAAGCUAGUGAUCAGAUUUAUGAGGGUCACAGGUUAGGAGUUUGUAGGGAUGAGAGGUUAGGUUAGUCUUCUAAUCUAUAGUCCUGUCAGAGGUAAGUGAGGGUUACAGAUUAAACUAGUCUACUCCACAGGUAUGUGGGGAUGAGAGGUUAGGUUAGUCUUCUAAUCUAUAGUCCUGUCAGAGGUAAGUGAGGGUUACAGAUUAAACUAGUCUACUCCAGGUAUGUGGGGAUGAAAGGUUAGGUUAGUCUUCUAAUCUAUAGUCCUGUCAGAGGUAAGUGAGGGUUACAGAUUAAACUAGUCUACUCCAGGUUUAUAGGGAUGAAAGGUUAGGUAAGUCUUCUUAUCUAUAGUCCUGUCAGAGGUAAGUGAGGGUUGCAAAUUAGACUAGUCUACUCCAAGUUUGUAGGGGUGAGAGGUUAGGUUAGUCUUCUUAUCUAUAGUCCUGUCAGAGGUAAGUGAGGGUUACAGGUUAGACUAGUCUACUCCAGGUUUGUAGGGAUGGGAGGUUAGGUUAGUCUUCUUAUCUAUAAUCCUGUCAGAGGUAAGUGAGGUUACAGGUUAGACUAGUCUACUCCAGGUUUGUGGGGAUGAGAAGUUAAAUUUGUCACCUUCAUUUUUUAUGUUACAGGUUAUGCUUAGAAUUUUGUGAUUUUAUAAUUUAGUCUACUUUGACAGUUUUUGGGGAUUGGAGUUUCCCCUGUCAGGUCCUAUAUGUCACUGAUGAUAUAAUGUGUUUUAUAACUUGUAACACAUUAACUGUGAGUUCCGUAGAUCAGCACACUUCAAUAUAUGUUCGUGUACUUCACCAUAUACCAGGCAUGUGCUUGUGUUUUAUGAUGCUUGUAAUGGCAUUUCU